CUUCUGAUCCCUCCUUCACUUCUGAUUCCUCCUUUACUUCUGAUCCCCCCUUCACUUCUGAUCCCUCCUUCACUUCUGAUUCCUCCUUUACUUCUGAUCCCUACAUCACUUCUGAUCUCUCCUUCACUUCUGAUCCCUCCUUUACUUCUGAUCCUUCCUUCACUUCUGAUCCUUCCUUCACCCCUGAUCCUUUGAUCUUCUUGGUAUUCUCUCUCCCAUUCUUGUUCUCGAACCUCUGUGCAGAGAUGGUCCGAGUCUACAGAAACUCUAUCCCGAGCUCCAAGAUGAACAUCAUCAUCGUAUAAUGAACCACUUCAUUGUAGAGUUGUACAAUCUUAUGGUUUCUAUGAUGGCUGUAUGCUUAAUGCGGACUUCAACUGUCUCUAAGUUUUCCGUCCUCUUUGGUCGCUACCUUCUCUGUAUAUUUGAAUACCUAGCUCUAGCUUGUGUUGGAACAAUACUUAGAGUACUCAUGGUACUCAAGCUUGAGAGGAUAUUGGAGUAUGAUCCUGAGUAUCUUGGAAGAUAUAUUCUUGGUUCCAUUUUCCUCUUCUAUUUUCCAAUACUGAUCUUCGUAAUUACAUAUUCGGUAUAUUCAGAUUCUGUAUCUCCUACCCUGGGAUAUCUCUGUGGUAUAUCAACACAAGGGACAAAUUUUGUUAUCUAUGUAAAUAUUGUGAACAUUUCUCUUGUUAUGGUGAUAAUCAUCUCGGCGUACUGUUUCAACAACUUUUAUUUGAAAAGUAAACACGCGCAAAUUAUUCAGUUUCAUUCAGUCAGAAAAAAAUCUUAUUAACUUUAAGAAACUAAUGAUCGGCGCUCUUGUAAUAGUGUUUGUUCUAGCCGUAGCGACUGCAAUUCAGAACUCAGUUGUAGAUUCUGCAAAAUUAUAUAUUCCAUCUUUAUUUUUAUGCUGUAUGCUCACUUUUCUAAACAUUUAUUUUACCAAGGACAAGAAUGUGUUGAACCAUAUGAAACGGAUUAUCAAAAAUAAUAUUGCAAACUUUGAGUUUUCAUUUCUAUAUUCAGUUUACACAAAAUGCAUCCGAACCAAAAGGGUUUCACCACGUCCUUAAGAUGUGGAGAAAUGAAAAAUACAGAAACUGAUUACUUAAACUAUGAAUGCUAUAAAAUCCAAAAUUCAAGUUUGAAAUGCAUCAGUUCAUUUUUUCCCAUAUUCCUUUAUUAUUUUGAAUAUAGAUAGUCAAAUAGUACAUUUUUUCAAAUAUUUGUAAUGUUAAUAUUAACUUUGUAAUAUGUGUUUUGUAAUAAAGCCUUUUUUU